ACGUUGCUCCAGUCAACUGCAUCGCUCUUUCCCAAUUCCGUCCAGCUGCUUCAAGCCUUCAACUAAAUCGUCUUUAUUAAAUGCCAAAAAACGGAUCGAGCUUUCUCUUCCAUGGAAUUAUUUUCAUCGAUGAUGUUGUUGAUCCACUGCUUUUGUAGUCGCAGCAGCGUUCCAGACGAUAACGACGACAGAAAAGGAAAGUGAAGAAUUAGUACAGAGAAGCAAAGUCAAAAGUAAUUUCUCUGUCUCCGAGUCCUGCUCUCUUGGAUCUUCCUCUUUUUCUUCUUCUUCCUUGCGUCGGCUGCUCCGGCGGGAGUUGACCUUCUUCGGCCAGAUUCCAGUAGGGAGCGAAGGGGGACACGAAAUCCUGGAUGGGCGCUGCUAAAAUUGGAUUUUGAGCAUGAAAAGACUCUCCUUUACGGUCUUCUUCGCCUCGCUUGCCUACCCGGGGGCUUUUAUGCCGAGUGGAGGCGGCGCGGCGGCGGCGGGGGGCCGAUGCUGUUUCUUCUUGUUGUUGUUGUUCUCCUUCGCGAUGCUAUCCCGCUUGGCGGUCUCGCAGAACCAGAUUUGCGAGUCCAGUGAUCUCGGCGCGUUGCUGGGAUUUGAUGACCUCGAUCUGGCUAAGCUGGGGUGGAGCCGGAACGUCUCCUCGGAUUGCUGCGCCUGGGCCGGAGUGCGCUGCGGAGAUACGACCGUCUCCUCCGGGAAGGUGGUUGAAUUGGAUCUUAGCAACAGGAGCUUGCGCGGCCCCUUGCCUCUUUCCUUGGCCGAGCUAGGUCAACUGAGAAUGCUCGACCUUUCCUCCAAUUACCUGAAUGGAUCGAUUCCUGCUGCGCUGCUCCAUUUUCCGCUGCUGGAGUCCCUCAAUCUCAGCGCGAACCAGCUCAAGGGAGAGAUUCCCUCCAAUAUAAGCCUUCCGGCGAUCAAGGUGUUCGACAUAUCCAACAAUCUCUUCAUCGGCAUCCACCCGAUCCUCGUCGGCUCCAGCAACCUCACCUUCUUGAACCUCACCGGCAACAGCUUCAACGGUCCUAUAAACCCAGCUAUCUGCAAUUCCUCAUCCAAUUUACAAGUUCUCCGCUUCUCCAUGAACAACUUCUCCGGCGGCUUUCCGAGAGGUCUCCAUAUUUGCAGUUCCCUCACUGAGCUCUCUCUCAGCGAGAAUCACCUCAGUGGAGAGCUUCCUGAUGAUUUGUUCAACAUGGCAUCGCUGACGCACCUAUUUCUUCAAGGAAACCAGUUCGCCGGCAAUUUGAGCGCCGACAUCGGUAACCUCCCAAACCUUGUUGAAAUCGAUCUUUCAUUUAACAACUUUUCCGGCUCCAUCCCCGAUAUCUUUGGCAGCCUCACGAAGCUAGAAUCUUUCAACGCUCAGUCCAACAAAUUUGUGGGCAGUUUGCCCCCUUCCUUGUCAAACUUAUCCUCCCUUAGGGUGCUCAAUCUCAAUAAAAACCUCCUUAGUGGCGAGAUCCACAUCAAUUGCACUGCAAUGACAAGCUUAACUCUCUUCGAUUUCGGCACAAAUUCUUUCUCUGGUUCCAUCCCCGACAAACUUCCACAGUGCGCGCAACUCAAGACUAUCAAUCUUGCCAGAAACAAGCUUAUCGGUGAAAUUCCGACGAGCUUUAGUGGCUUCAGUUCACUCUCCGACCUGUCCCUCACCGGCAACAACUUCUCCAACAUAGCGUCGGCUUUGCAAAUCCUUCAGAAUUGCCCAAACCUUUCCAGUUUAGUAUUGACAAAUAACUUCCGAGCUGGUGAAACGAUGCCGGUAGAUGGAAUCCGAGGUUUUGCGAAGAUGGAGCUACUUGUGAUUGCAAAUUGUAACCUUAGAGGUUCUAUCCCUCCAUGGUUGGUGAAUUUGACCCAACUGAGGGUUCUGGACAUCUCAUGGAACCACUUAUCUGGUAUAAUUCCUACAUGGCUUGGGAACCUAGACAACCUCUUCUACUUGGACCUGUCGAAUAAUUCACUCACCGGCGAGCUUCCUGAAAGCUUGGGGCGAAUGAAGUGCCUGAUGGCUGGAUGUAAGUCGCUGCAAGCUGCCUCAACGGAGAUCUUUCCAUUCUAUCUCAAGAGGAAUUCUAGCAACAAUGGCUUACAGUACAAUCAGGUCAGUAGCUUUCCUCCGUCAAUGAUUCUGGGUGAUAACAUGCUUGCUGGCCAAAUUUUGGCGGGAUUCGGAAACCUUGCAGAACUCCAUGUGCUGGACUUGAGUUGGAACAAUCUUUCCGGGAGUAUACCGGCGCAGCUUUCCGGCAUGACAAGCUUAGAGAGCUUAGAUUUGUCACACAAUGAUCUAACUGGAAGCAUACCCAGCUCUCUCAUCAGUCUCAGUUUCUUGUCGAGAUUUGACGUCUCAUACAACCACUUAGUUGGAUCAGUCCCCACCGGAGGCCAGUUCUUGACGUUCCCAAGCUCUGACUUCGAAGGCAACGCCGGUCUCUGCGGUUUUCGCUUGUCGCCUUGCCACCCCAGAGAUUCCCAACCAUCACAGGGCGGCGGACGCAAGAAAGCUGCCGUGAUAGGAAUCGCUGCCGGAAUCGGAGUCGGGGUGGUAUUGCUGGCGGCUGCUGUACUCUGCUGGAUUGUGCUAAGAAAUUCAGCAAGACACGAAGACAACGCCAAGGUGGUGGCGCAUGUAGAUGAAAACUCAGAUGCAGCCGGCUGCAGUCUUGUUAUCUUGUUCCAUAAAGAUAACAAGGACCUCAGCAUCGACGACAUACUCAAGUCUACUGACAAUUUCAAUCAGGCAUGUAUCAUCGGUUGCGGAGGAUUCGGUUUGGUCUACAGAGCCACUCUGCCCGACGGACGGAAGGUAGCCAUCAAGCGGCUUUCCGGCGACUUCUUCCAGAUGGAGAGGGAAUUCCAAGCGGAGGUCGAAACUCUUUCCAGAGCUCAGCAUCAGAACCUUGUGUUGCUGCAAGGAUACUGCAAAUACGGGAGCGAUAGAUUGCUGAUCUACUCAUACAUGGAGAACGGGAGCUUGGAUUUCUGGCUCCACGAGAAGAUCGAAGGAGGCUCGAUGUUGGAUUGGGAAAGAAGGCUGCAGAUUGCUCGAGGAGCAGCAAAAGGGCUGUCCUAUCUGCAUCAGUCCUGUGAUCCGCACAUUCUUCACCGCGAUAUCAAGUCAAGCAACAUUCUUCUCGAUGAAGAUUUUGAAGCACAUUUGGCGGACUUCGGUCUAGCCAGGCUUAUUUUACCUCAUCAGACUCAUGUGACAACUGAUCUGGUUGGAACUCUGGGCUACAUUCCUCCUGAGUAUGCACAAUCCCCGGUUGCCACUUUCAAGGGUGAUGUCUAUAGCUUCGGAGUCGUGCUUCUCGAGCUACUUACCGGUCGGAGGCCCGUAGACAUGUGCAAGCCGUUCCGCAGCAGGGAUAUGGUGCCCUGGGUGCUCCAGAUGAAGAAGGACAAGAGGGAAGCCGAAGUUUUCGAUCCAUGUUUACACUUCCGUGAUGACAAGGUUCAUAUGUUGAGGAUGCUCGAAAUCGCAUGCCUCUGUGUGAGUGAAUCCCCUAAACUCAGACCGUUAACCCAUGAAUUAGUGGCAUGGCUUGAAGACAUUGGUGCUAACGAUAAGUCGAUAAAGUAACUCAAUGCCGUAAUUCGGAAACAGAAGACUUUGUUCACAAGUCUUCAAUGCUUAGAGGUUCUUUUGCCUCCUUUAAUUUUUCUUUCUUUUACAUGAAAACAAGUUGCUGUAAGUAACAGGAUAAGUAUGUAAAAGUUGCAGUAUCCAGGAAUAAAACUUGGUCUCACUGAUCACAAAGUAUUCAACUCA